UUUUAUUCGCGAAAUAAUGGACACUUGGAUAUGGAAGGGAAAAUGUACAACCUGUUUUAUGAUGCGACCAUGUAGAUAAUAUCUAUGGACAGAUACAGACCCAACCCUCGAGGUGGACGCAGGAGGCCGACCUCCCAACCAGCCAGGAGAGAGAGGUCACGCCCGGUGUAUUCUGCUGAGGAUGAACCAUACAGACACAAAACAGAACACAGCAGAUACGGAGAGCAGAGGUCUUACCAAUAUGACAACAAAAAUGUAAACCAAAGACGUUCUUCUCAGCCUGUUGGAAGUCAGCCUGCCAAGCGGAAAACAUAUUCACAGCCAGCAUACAAUUCUACAGCAGUGCCUGUGCAACCAAAAAAUGUUGACUUGAAUAAAGCUUCUUACUGUAGGGGCAAGCCUCUGUUGCCAACACCACCUGAGGUGAAAAGACAUGAAACACUUGUGAAUAAAGGACAGUUUAGUGGACAUGAAACGCUUGUGAAAAAAGGACAGUUUGGUGGACAUGAAACCCUUGUGAAAAAAGGACAGUUUAGUGGACACGAAACUCUUGUGAAAAAAGGACACUUUAGUGGACAUGAAACACUUGUGAAAAAAGGACACUUUAGUGGACAUGAAACACUUGUGAAUAAAGGACAGUUUAGAGGCUCCUUAUAUCCACAAGAUGGUACAGAUUACACAGAUUACCAUGACAAGGGAGAUUAUUCAGAAACUACAUCAUGGGCAGGCACAAGUCAGCAGUUUGCCAAUUAUGAUGGUUACAAUGAACAGGCUGAUGAACAGACCUGGUAUCCUGAAGCAGACAACACAGAUGUGUAUGUGAGUGAGCAGCAGGAGGUCCAAGAACCUAUGUAUCCAGAUGUGAUUGAUGAAGGUACUUACCCUGAUGAGGGUGUGGAGUAUGAUCAAAUUGCUGAUGAUAUGGACGUUGACAAUGCUGAGGAGGAGGAUCAGAACAUUAUACAAUAUGAAGACUAUUCAAGUGCAGGCUAUGGUGAUGUUGCAUCAGACAAUAAUUAUGUAGGGUAUGGAGAUGACUAUGGUUAUCCUGAUGAAGAAAAUGACAAUUAUAUAGUUGGUUAUGGUGUGGAUCAAGGCAAAUACAUAAAAGACACAAGUGGAUAUGGUGAUAAGGACUACACAGAAUAUGAUCCAGCUGCUACAUCAAUAUCCUCUAAACAUGUAGGAAAGCAUUUUCAAGGAAAAAGAAAUAAUGAACGAGAAAGUAUUGGUAACAAAAGUGAACAGCUUAGAUCACAAAAACCAGGUACUCGACACACAAAUCACACUCCUUCUCACUAUGAUAGACUUGCACAGCAAACAGAAAGUCUGAAAGAAAGUCAUUUACAAACUAGUCAAAGUAAAACUCCACAGAGUUACCUUCCUGCCUGUUCUUCUACCUCUGCGAAAGCUCCUGCUCAUCUGUCGCGCAAUAGAAAUGUCUCCGGUCAUUCUCAAAAUGCACAUUUGCCAAUUUUAACCCCAAAAGGUAGAAAAAUGCCACUCUUGCCAAAUCCCGUGGAGAAAAUGCAUGUACUAUCUGACCAGAGUCCUGAUUCUUAUGAUCUUUCAAUUCCUGAACAACAUACUGAAAGACAGCCAUCCAGGAAGAAGCAUCCAUUACUUCCAACCCCAGAAGAAACUCUGUCACAUUGUCAGAGCUCAAACAGCAUGUCAAAUGAUGAGGAGCCUCCUUUUGACAAUGUUAGUGUGAUAUACUCCCAUUCUACACCGGGCAGUGAUGUAGUCAGUGGCAGACAUGUAGCAAGUGAUUGUAUUGAAUAUCCACCAGUACAGAGAAGUGCAUCUUUCAACAGGACACCAACGGAAGGUCUCGAAGUUCCAUACACUUCAACCGUAGAAGGAAAAUAUGCACACAAAUCACAGCCAAAAAAACACUAUAAUGAUCUGUUAGAUACAGGACAUGGAUUUAGUGAUAGACAGCCUUAUGUACGUGAAACAGAUCGUGUCAAAUCUGUAAAGGGUAAUAAAAGUAACACAAAAUUAUAUCAAGCUAAAAGGAUUAAGAAUGAAAUAUUUGAUUAUUCUCAUGAACAUAAGCCUGACUUUCUAGAAAGAAGACCAUCAAAAGUUACCUACCACUCUGAAAAAAGUACUGCCUUUGAACCUAACAUAGUUCAGGGAGAACCCAGACAUAGAACUGGCUCUCUCGAAUGCCCAGUUAUGACGCAGGCAUUAGUGCCAGAAACAUUUGAGUAUGAUCAUUCUCCCCAGAAAAGUUCACGCUAUAUAGAUGCAGAAGCCAUAUAUAAAAAAAAGGAUGAGAAAUCCUCCAGUGUUCAAAAUGCGCGAGAUUCUGCAGUUGAAAGGGAACAAAAGCAAACAAGAAACAGACAUGAGACUGGGCCGAACUUAAGGAAUUCUGAUGAUUUAGUUCAAAAGUCCAGAAAUGUUGAUAAGAACACAAUGAAAGCUAACAUAGAGCUCACUGCUACUCUUCUAGAAAUGCAGAAAACUUUGUCAAAAAUAGGGGAAGUUAUUCAAAAAACCAAAACAGUUUCUAAAUUACAGCAGAAACAAAAUACUGCUACCACCAGCUCCAUCACAAAACCAUCUGAAACAAGUUCAGUUGCCAACACCAGUCCAGUAGAAUCAACAGAAGUAACAGGAACUGGUACGCCAGUAACUUCUAAGACUGGGGUCAUUGAUUUGACUGAAGCUGUUGUCAAUAUAACUAAAGCAGAAAUAGAGAGAAUAAAGACAAUGAACUUAAGUGCAGAAGCUGCCAAAAAUGAUGCAAGUGAAAUGGAUAUUGAUGAUGAAGAUGAUGAUAUGGAUGUUCAAAUUGGGAGUGUAGAAUUACUGAAAGAAGAAGAUAACGAAACAGUAGAUAAUGAAAUUGUGGACGAUGGGGAUACUGAAACCAUUCAGAAAUCACCUCUGUCUGAAUCUAUGAGCAAACCUAGUCCUAAUGAAAAUGUUCAAAAAGGAAAAGAGACCAGCAAAAACAAAGAUUGUGAAGAUGAAAAAGAAAAGGAGCAAAAAGAUGUAUCCGAAUCUGAAGAACCGGAGAAAAAGAAGGAAUCUUGGAAAAGAAAAACUGAAUACAAAACAUACAGGGAGUGGAGACAAGCAAAACUGGCCAUGGAAGAAGCUUCUGCAGAGGUUGCAGCAAUAUCAGGUACUGGCAAAGAUCAAAAGAAGGUUACCGGUAACGGCAACAGCUUUAAACAACAGAAUGAAAAUAAUAGACAAAAGUAUGAAAACAGAGGCAGAACGCUGGGAGAUAGAGGUCCAAGGGAUUACAGAGGGAGUGACAGAAGGGAUGACAAAAGAAAUGAUAGGAGAAGCUGCACUGAUAUGGGAGAGCGAGGCAGACAAGAUGACAGACGCAGACAAGAUGACAGACAUCAUAGGAAUGAGAGAGAUUCGUAUAUGGGAAAUUGGGAUAGGUGUGACAGAAGAGAUAAAUUUGAUGACCAUAGAAGGACUGACUUCAGAAGAGAUGAUAGAAAAGUAAUUGAUGGAAAAUCUCCUAGAGAGGACAGCUUGUCUAACAGAGAAGAAGCUAAGGAUGGAAGCAAAUAUACUGUGUCAAAACGUUUAAUAAAACCCAAACCUAUAAACCCUGAAAGACAUUUUAGCAAUUUUAUGAAUCUCUGGGAUACAAAUGGAAAACCAGCAACAGAUAAACAAAGUUGGUCAGAAGAUCAAUCUAAAAGAGCAUCAGGCUCAAAAUUAAUCAUUAAACAAGAAGUCCCAAGAUCUAGUGCUUCAAUCAUUGGUGAGCAGUUUGUGAAGUCUCUAAAAGUAAAGACAAAUAUGAAGAAAAAAGCAGAGAUUGAAAAGGGAGACGAACGGUUACCAUCACAUCAAUGCGAAGACAAGAAAGAAGACCAGUAUGGAAAGCAUAUGUCUACAUCUGAAAUGAAAACUGUUCACACUGAACAUACCAGUGAAGUAAGAUCAGACGAUGGUUUCUCAGAUGCUGAUGUUGAUCAUGACUCGUUAUCACAUUCAGAUUUAUUAGAAGAAAUGCCUCACAUGGAAAAUUCAGCAACCAUUGCCAACAUUUCAGGGGAAGAUGAUUGUAAUUCAGACAGUAGGGACAACUUGCUGCAUUCAGUUCAUGAGACAAGACCAAAAGAUGACGAAGAAAAGAAGGAUGGAUUAUUAAAACCAUCUAUUGUUCAAGACAUAGCAAAAAACCUUGUUGUUAAGCUAGUUGAUAUAAAAAGAAGUCAAGAGUUUAAGGACAGAUUUUGUAAGGCUGAUGCCACUGUUGGGAAAGAAAAUCCACAUUCUUUCAAAACUGUUGACAAGACAAUCGACGCAAAGAUAUCAAAUGAAGGAUUUUCAAAAGAAAAAUCAUGUGAUGAGAAAAAGAAACAUAGUUCACAAUGUCAAGACAAGAAAGAUUAUUAUGCUGAAAACAGUGAUAGUAGCAAGAAAGUAAGUCAUACUGAAACAACUGAUAAAAUCAAUAAAGUAAGUCUUACUGAAGACAUUCAUAAAAACUUAAUUGAAAAUUACCACUCGAAAGAAAGAAUUAAACAUGAACAAUCUAUGGAUGAAAAACGAUCUUGUGAAAAGAAUAAAAUGAAAAGCAAAGAAAGGUCUGUUAGCCAGGGAUCUACUUCAAAUGGAAAUAAAAGUGAUAAACCAAGAUUGAAAGUGCAUGAGAAAAAGGAGACAGGUGAAGAUAAAUACCACUAUCCCUCAAAAGUAUCAUCUUCAUCAGAGAAAAGUAAAAAACCGGAAGAAAAAAUGUUUUCUUCUGAUUCAGACGAAUCUCAGGAAGAUAUAUUUGGAAAGAUUGAGGAGUUACUGAAACGGGAUAGGAAUAAGUCAUUGUUAAAAUUGCCGAAAAAUAAUGCCCUUAAGAAUACAAAAGAACUUACAGGUAUGUCAAGUGACUUGGAGGAAGGGUUUUAUAAACGGGUGCAUAAGACAGAGAAGGACUUUGUGGACAAGAAACAGACACCGGUAAAGAUGGAUGACAUACUGUCCUUAAAUGACCACGUGCUGGAGUCAAGUUCAGUUACUCAGUCAUCUGACACUGAUAAUGAUCAAGUUGAAAAAACUAAGCAAGUCUUCAAACGAAUAAAAAAUUGUGUAAAAGGUUUAAGAAAAGAUAAAGAUACAACAUUUUGGAAAAGUUUUGAAUUGAAAUUUCCAUUGAUAACACUUGAAAAGCUGUCUAAGAGAAAUAUAGUGUAUCUUCAACAGAAACUUCAAUCAGAAUUAAAAAAAACAGAUGAUAAGAAAAAAACAUUAUCCCUUCACACUAAUUUGAGCUCAUCCUCGUUAUUCAGUAGUUCUGAGGAAGUAAAAACUGAUAGUGAAAAAUCUGUAAAAGAUGCAGUCAGGAUAAGUAAACAAAAAGAACUAAGGGUGUCCUCAGAAAGGAAUUUGUUUGACAAACUUAGUCUUCAAGGCUUACCAGAAACUGAUAUAACAGUUGCCAUAGCUUCUCGAACAGGAAGAAAGUUGACAGUGCAAAAGGAUUCUGGAGAUGCUACUGAAAAUACUUCUACAACCUCGGCAAAUGAUGAUGCCAAUACCGAAAAGGAGAAAACUGUCAUGGUUAUUUCUGAAAGUGAAUCUGAAUCACAUGAAUGGGAAAGUCUCAAAGCUAAAACAAAACAGACUGUUCAAACACAAUCAAAAGUUGAAGAAAGUAGUAAUAACUCCAGUGGGGAUAGUUGUGCUUCAGAGAAUAAUGAAACUUCAGUGCCGGAUAAAGACACUGAAAAUGUCUUAGACUUCGAAGAAAGCACAUGCUCUGAACCCUCCCAAAUUUCAGUUAGUUCAUCAGAAGUUUUAAAAAACAACAUUAAUAUUAAAAUGGCUCAAUUUAAAAGAGUUGACUCAAAUGCUACAACAAGGUCAGAGACAAGUGUGUCAACUGUUGAUGAGGCUGGUUAUUCAGAAAUAGAUGCUUUUCUUGAAAGUGAAGCAGAACCUGCUCCAAAUGAAUCCAAUGCUGUAAAUGUUUCUGAGCCUGGUGAAGAUGACGAGGCUGAGAACAUUCAAAUGGAUCUUGAAAGUGCACUAUUUGAGCAUUUUGAAGAGGGCUCGGAAGACAGCAUGGAAGACAUUGACGAGUCCAAUAUGUUGGAUGAACAACAUCAUUUAAAUCAAAGUUUGAAGAAAAGAAAAAACAAAAGCGAAACAAGUGAUACCAGUGAAGAUGACGAAGGAAUUGCAAAUGCAGAACGAGAUAAAAGAAAGAACAAAUAUGAAAAAACUAUUGGGAGUGCAAAAACUGAAGAAAAGAAUGAUGGUGACAAAGUACACAGCUCUAGUCAAGAAAGAGGGAAGCAGAGCAGGAGAAGACCUGCUUCCUCAAAGGCAAAGAAAAGUAAAAGUUUAAGGACUAAUUCUAUUUUUGCUAUAGACUUAGUGGAAUCUGGAGGAGAGGGGGAUGUGGAGGAUAACAUUUCAGUAUUUAACCUUGAUCCUCCAUCUGAGGAUGAAGAAUUGAGUCCAUCACAGGACCUCUUUGCUGAUUUAAUUCAUGGGAAACACAGGGAUUGCCAGCAAGUCCCUAAUAUAUCUCAUCCUGUGAGAGAGGAAAAUGAUGAAAAAAAUCAAAACGACCUUGACUUACAAGGAAAAAGUCUGUGUACAUUGUUUAAUAAUGAAACACAGGGAUAUAUUUCACCCUCAGGUGGAGUCGAUGAAUGUGUAGAAAACAGAAAUGCUGAAACCAGCAAUCCUGAACAGGAACAGGAAAAGGUUAAGUGUAAAACUGGUGAGGAUAAAGAAGAAGCAGAAGUCAAAGAUGAACCAGUAUGGCUUAAAUUUGGAUAUACGCAAGAACCAGAUACCAUUUUCCUCAGCGAUGGAGAUGAUGAUAUUAUUAUGUCAUUUUCACAACCAAUCAUUGAUCUUGUAUCUAGUGAUGAAGAAAAUGUGCAGUCAAACCCUGAAGAUUCCUCCAAGUUUGGGGAAACUCAGGCCUUUGAGGUCAGGGUAAAGGCAGAAGAUGAUGACAAAGAUUACCCGGAACCUUCUCAGAUAUGCCAUGAUGACAAUGACCUUCUGGACAUGGAAUACUUUGAUGAUGAUUGGUCGGACAAGGGUAGUGACUUUGACCCGAAUGAUAUAUUUGACACAAGUAGAAAUGUCACAAGAUCACUUGGUAUGGAUGGGAAUGAUUUAUAUAUAUCAUCUGAUGAAGAUAUUUUUCAAUCACAGUCUAAUUCUGAUGGCAUUGAUGUGAAAACAGAGCUGCAGAUGGCUGAGAGUGAGACGAGAAAAGGGAUUAGUGAUGACAUUACCAAUGAAAUGCCUUUAACAGAAACAGAUAAAAAACAAGGAGAACCUGAAAGUGAUGAAACAAAUGAUUUUGCUUCAGGAGAUGAUGAGUUUCUAGGUAUUACAAUGCAAGAGUUUGAUGAACAGCAACAAGAUGGUACUAAGGACAAAUAUAGUGUCCAAACACAACCAAAAUACUCUACAACUGAACAUACUGGUACUAGAGGGAAGAGUGGACAGCUGGUAGAUAAUAUUAGUAAAAAGACAGAUGAUAGCACUUCAAAAAUGAACACUAACAAAGAAUCACCUUCUGUUUAUGAUGCAGAGACUCAGCUACAUCAAGAUUUGUAUGAGCCAAGUAUAAAUGAUUUACCUGCAUUUGAUCUUCAGUUUGAACCUAUUUCUGAUGAUGAAUGUAAAGAUCAUGAAGGUAACAAAAAUGAGCAUACUUCAAAAGAUAGUGAUAUGAAAGUUGCUCUUGAUAAAGUAAAUGACCAGAAAACUAAUGAACAUUACAUAAGAUUACGUCUCAAGCAAGGCGCUCAAAAAUUGAAGUCAUUAGCUAAAGCUCUUAGAAAAGAGCAAACACCUCCUAAGGAAGAAGACAAGAUAAAUUAUAUUGGUAAUGAAACCAAGUCUCAGGAAAUAAGUACAAACCAAGAUUAUGAAGUACCAACGCAAGUAAUUGAUGACUUUGAACUUUCUGAUAUGGAAUAUUCAGAAAGUGAUGUUCAUGACCCUCAACUUGAAGCAUAUAUGCAACCAACUCAGAAAUCUCAGGAUCACAAACAAAGAUUAUUUUCUCGAGAACUUGGUAUAAAUGUUUCAAGCUUUGAAGAAGAAGAAAAAAGUGACAGGUCAAUCAGUUUGUAUGAUGCUAACACACAAAUAAGCUCAUUUCCUUCAGGGUCAACUCAGAAACCAGGUUCUUCUCAUGAUGUUUUUGACCACAUGACUCAAGUUGACAUUGAUCGAAGACGGCCAGAAAAAUCAAGUUCCAUAGUUAGACAGGUAAAGGUUCAGGAUUCUUCAAACUAUGAUGCCUUAACACAAAAACAAUCAUUAAGUACAGAGUUUGAUGUUUUGACUCAGAGAGAUCCAUUAAAAAAGACUAAUGACAUCUUUGUGGCUUCAACACAAGCCAGUCCUACAAACAAUGUCAAAAUGUCAAAGAAGAAUGUAUAUCAUACUCCAACACUCAUGGACGAUUUAGUUAUCAACCUUGAUGAAGAUAGUCAAGAGAGUACGCAGUCAGAGCAAUCCAACCAUCAAGACAUUCGAGAUUACUAUCAAAUUGCUACUCAAGCACAUGAGGGAAAAAUUACUGACCGCCACACGGCAGAUGUACCUGGGAACAACCCUUCAAGGGUGACCUUUCAUAACAAUGAUGAUCUGACACUAAUUGAUGAGGGAGAUAGUGAUGAAGCUAGUGUUGAUGAUGUAUACUUAAUGGAAACUCAGGUUUUGGAUAAUAGAACUGCUGAAGACAAAAAUGAAACUGAUAAGUACAUUGUAGCUACUCAAAUAGAUACAAACAGCAGGGAAAGCACUGAUAGUGAAAAAAGUAUAAAAAACAAAGAUCAGUAUGAAGUAGAUACACAGCUGGAUGAUGACUUUGAGUUGGAUGAUCUUCCAGAUCUGGUAGACAGUGACCCUUACAUGGUGGCUACUCAAAUAGAUCGGAUAGAUGAUGAGGAUGGGUCCCUAAGUGUGGAUUCUACUGGUCAAGGAACAAAGAAUCGGCCAUCAUCGGCUCUGAAACGUCCAAGAAGUGACAGCAUAGGAAAUGAUAAAGAUCAAAGUGCUCCCAAAUCUGGCGACUCAGUCCUUCCAUUCAAGAAACCCAAACUUGCAUUGUCUGUAAAGAAGCCGGUAGUAAUUGAACCACAAAAAUUGAAAUCAGUAGCGGAGAAACGUGCAUCAGGAGUUGUAACAAAGACUCCAAGUGUUGAUCAUAAGACAAGCACGCCCAGUACGUCAUCUAACAAACAUGACAACAUAAUGAUGAUUGAUGCAAACCAUGGGGACAUGUGGUUGUCAAAGAAAAUCCACACAUCAAGAACUGAUGGCAAGUCUAGUAAACCAGUGAAAAGAAAAAGGCAUGAAAGUGCUGAGGACAUUCUUAAGUCAAAGGUUGCUGCGGCUAAAAGUAGACAGAAGGAAAGGAUGAUGCAGACUAUCAUAAAUCCAGCAACCAUAGCUGACAAAGUCAGACAAAAACCAGUCACAUCAGUGCCAGAAUUUGUUGAUGAUGUUGAAUUGCCCACCAACAGUCAGAUAGUCAACCAGGGCCUGCCCCUCCUCAACCCCAUGGGAAUACUACCAAAAAAGACCCCACAUGCUUACUCAGGACCAUCCCAUCGAGGGAAGACCUCCUCUGCUUCUGUAACUACAACAACAGUUUCCAUAGCAACAGGGUCUACAUCCACCAGUUCAAGGCCACAACCCACAACUGUGACAGCCACAACAUCAUCAACUGUGUCCAUUUCUGCAGCUAGUAGUUUAAAGAUGUCUGAGACUGGCAAGGCAAUGGAUAAACAUGUUUUAAAAAAAGACCAGCAUCAAAAAAGAAAGCAUGAAGAUGAUAAUUCCAAAGAUGAAAAAAGGCAUGGAAAAGAUAAACAUAGAGGGAAAUCAGAAGAAAAAGGCAGUUAUAAACAGGCUGAUAUUACUAAAAAGAUAGCUCAGCGUACAGAUAGAUCACAGAGCAAAGAUAAUACACAAGAGAAAGGUAAUAAACAAGACAAAAGCAAGUCAUAUAAAGGAAAUGAUGACCAUAAAGGUAGACACAGACAUGAAUCUGGAAAAGAGGAUCAUCAUGAGAAAGAUAAAAACAGGCGUAAAAGUGGCUCACAGUCGAAGGAGAAUGCCGAAAGGCGAGAAAACAAGACCAAAGGUGGAAUUAACAGGGAAAAGGUUGCUAGCACCUCAGGUGGUGCUUCUACUGUAACUAACAAGGUUCCUUCUGGCUCACAGUCAGAGGACAAUGCCAAAAGGCGAAAAAACAAGACCAGAGGUGGAAUUAGCAGGGAAAAUGUUGCUAGCAACUCAGGUGGUGCUUCUACUGUAACUAACAAGGUUCCUUCUGGCUCACAGUCGAAGGAGAAUGCUGAAAGGCGAGAAAACAUGACCAAAGGUGGAAUUAGCAGGGAAAAUGUUGCUAGCUCCUCAGGUGGUGCUUCUUUUGUAACUAACAAGGUUCCUUCUGGCUCACAGUCGAAGGAAAAUGCUGAAAGGCGAGAAAACAAGACCAAUGAUGGCAUAAGCAGGGAAAUUGUUUCUAGCACUUCAGGUGGUGCUUCUUCUGUAACUAAGGUUCAAUCUGUGACUAGCCAUAUAAUUACUUCAACAACCUCUGUUACUAGACCAACAGCUCAUGUAUCCUCAGCCAUUCUUCUGCAGAAAAAGCCAUCAGGCAGCCAGCACCCUUCAAAUAUUCCAGCAAGAACAGGACCCAUGACCUCUGUUUACAGGCAACAGAGCAACACUGCCGGUCAACAGACGAGGACACCUUUUAGCCUAAACCAGGGUAACACACCUGGAAAAGUUGUCCAUGGCAACAAGGAAAACAUGCCCCCGAACAUGGUGGAUAAGAAUGCACUGUUGCUCUGGAAUGACUUCCUAAAGGUGAUUUUGAAAUGGACCCCCGACUGGUUUGAAGAGAAAGACAAGAUGGAGAAGUCUGGUCAGAAGAAGAUCCCUCCCCCACCGGUGACAAAUGACCUACGGGGCCACAAUGAGCACCAAUUGUUUGCUCUGAUUGACCGCUACCUGUCAUACAGUGAUUACAGCGACAGAUUCAUGCUUCCACUCCUGCUACAUGAGACGUGGGAAAGUUGUUACAAUGAGUGGCGGGAGGGCAAGUCCAAGAGCCGGUGUGCCCCCCAUAAUAUGAUGCUCAGCAAUAUGGAGGCAACCAAGAACAAGUCCAUGGCUAUCUAUGUAUUACACGGUCUUGUAGAUGAGCGUGACCGUAGCCGUGGUAACUAUAGUAGCGAGGGUGACCUGGUGAAGCUAGUUGUACAGGGUCAGAUGAAGGUCGCAGGCAUGAAACCAAUGGAGUACAAGAUGACUGGCUACAUAGAAAAAGUCACAUUCAGCGAGUUCUCUGUAGAAAAGCUCUGCUCUCACAACCAACAGAUUGGGAAGUCUCGGCCAAGACAUGCCAUCUCAAUGACUAUGAGAAUCCUCAUCAGGAGUCGGCCAUUCAUGCCUGACACAAACUGCCUUGUCAGUGUGGAGACUGAAAGUGCCAUAGUGAACACGCGUCGUCAGUUCAAUGCCCUGGCACACCUGGCUACGAACCCCCUGUGCCCCCACCUCCUUUUCCCCACCCACAACCCCACAUACACCGACACUGCACCAGCCAGCAUCGGCCUCAAGGAGAAGUACAACGAGAGCCAGUCUCGUGCCAUUAACUCCGCGGUCAAGAUUUCGCUGUUACCAGACAAUCUGCCGCGCAUCAUCCUGCUCCAGGGUCCCCCAGGCACGGGGAAGUCUCAUACCAUCAUUGGCAUCAUUAAGAAAAUUGUCCAAGCCAGUAACGGUCAAGGUCGCGUGUGUCUGUGUGCACCGUCCCACUCAGCCAUUGAUGAACUCUUACGGAGGCUCGUUAAACAUAACAGAGACAAUCCUGGUUGUGAAAUCCGUGUGGUUCGCCUUGGGAAGAAGUGCAGCCCAGAUAUCCAACACCUGCUCCUCGACCGCCAGGUUCAGAUGAACGUUCUGCAAGCUUACAAGGAGAAGCAGGUGGCCAGACUGCCAGCCAGUCUACAGGGGGAGAGGCAGUCCUUGGGGAACAAGAUCCGCACGCUCAGGGGAAACCUAGCCACAGCGGUAGACACAUUUCAGCGUACAAAGUUGAAGAACGACCUUCGGAAGUUGGAGCGAGAGAAGGAUGUGAUAGAGAGCAAGUGUGCCAUUGACAUGUCAAAGGUUCCUCGUGACUUCAGGCGUGAUCGUGAGCUGAGCCAGAAACUAUUGAGUGAAGCACAUGUGGUGGCUGGUACCCUCAGCUCCAUUGGCAGUCAGACAGUGAGGGCUGCUCUCCAGGCCCAUCCAAGGCGCGGCAGACCGACCUUCAACUGUGUCAUUGUGGAUGAGGCUACCCAGGCAAUAGAGCUGGACACGUUGAUUCCCCUGCAGUACGGCAGCACCAAGCUUGUCCUUGUAGGAGACCCGGAGCAGCUGCCCCCUACUGUUCUCUCUCAGGUAGCUACGGAGAACAAGUUUGACAUGUCAUUGUUUAAACGUCUGGACAACCAUUUCCGGUACCAGGCUGGAAUCCCGAGCCCCGUGAUCCUGCUGAACACCCAGUAUCGCAUGGACCCGCAGAUCGCACACUUUCCCAGCAAUUAUGUGUACGAAGGCAGGAUCAAGAAUGAUGUGUCAGUGUUGGACCGGUCAGCGUGUCCUCUUGUACCCUACCUGCUCUAUAACAUUGUCGAGGGACAGGAACUCUUCUCACAACACUCACGGUCUAUGAGUAACCAGCUUGAGGCACAGUUUGUGUCGGAGCUGUGCCAUUACAUCGUCUCGAAUUCACCUGUUACGGAGAAGGUCAUAGGAGUUAUUGCCCCAUACUCUAAACAGAGGGAUGAAAUACUCAAACAGCUCAAGAAAAAGGAGCUUGAGCAUAUCGAGGUGUCGACUGUGGAUGCGUUCCAGGGUCGGGAGAAGCAUGUGAUCAUCAUGUCAUGUGUGCGGGCAAACACGGCCAAAAACAUCGGGUUUGUGGGGAGCAGGAAUCGUAUGAACGUGGCUCUGACACGGGCCAAGUAUGCCAUGUACCUGGUCGGACACUUUGAGUCUCUAGAGGGAAAUGAUGAGUGGAAUGCGGUGAUAUCAGAUGCUCGACAGCGCAAGAAAGUUGUGAGAGUAGAUGAGAGCACUGUGUCCUACGCCCUGCAACAGAGCUUCAAGACUCCGCCAACACAGGGUAGCGGGGGUUCAAAGGGUAGAAAUGGGAAUUGAGCAGGAAUUGUGAACUGAAGUUGGAAUCCAGGGGUUGUUGGCUUGAGUAAAGAGCUGAAUGGAAUAUGAAUAUUGUGAACUAGAGGAAACAUCCAUUGGCAUUCAGAACACUAAAAUGUUUGUUGCUGGAACAUUGUGGAUCAAGGCAGGGAACAUUAAUGGUCUAGUACAGGGAAAACGAUGGAGGAUAGUAGUCCAGAAAAAGAAUUGAACCACAAGCAAAUAUUGAGACAAGGGAUGCCAAUCUCUAUCUGUGUACGGCAUUGUACCAGCAGUAUUGUGUUUCCCAUGGUGACCCAGUGCCACUCAGCUCAGGGAAGACAGGGUUCUGCCGGUAGCAUGUGGACCCUAGAUGGGGUUUCAAGCCCUGUUGGACCAGCACAUGAUUUUGUCUUAAAUAAGGGACUACUUUUACUGCAGACGUUGUGUCUUUUUUAAGCGCAUUUUGAUUCUAGUCUGACAUUGGUUCAGAAAUAUGCAGCUAUUAAAUGAAUUAUUUGAAAUAAAAUGUCUCCAUGAAAACUGUGAUUGUAUAUAUUUAAUGGAAUUUAUACUUAUAUAUUUCUAUUAAUUUCAUUUCAUGUAAAAUAAAUGUUGACACAGUAUUGAUUGGUAAGUGUAUUGUUAUGUAUGUGAUAAAUAUCUGAAGAGAGAAGAGUAAUUCUGAAUUUCUCAUGGCUGCAUAUUGUACAUGUUUUUGCAUUUCUGUGCUGCAUUUAAUACAAGAAAUUUACAUAAUUUUGUUCAGAUAACCAUGGCUUUACAUCUACCAUUUGAAUGUGUUCACAUAACUUUUACAUCUACAAUUUGAAUGUGUUCACAUAACUUUUACAUCUACCAUUUGAAUGUGUUCACAUAACUUUUACAUCUACCAUUUGAAUGUGUUCACAUAACCUUUACAUCUACAAUUUGAAUGUGUUCAGUAGCCAACACUGAUUCUGUAUUUCUGCUCAGAGCAUGAGUGGGCACCAUCUAGAAUGUUGACUAGAUAUCUGGGCAUUUUUUUAUCAACUAUUACACAUAACGUUUUUUUUUGUUUUCUUUAAUUAUGUCAAUAUAAGUGUAAAAGCAUGGAUAUACGAGUUUAUGAAGCCGUUUUAAAGCUAGAGAGCACCAUUUCCGGUCCCCAAUGCACAAAUUGUGCGCAAAACCUUUAUGAUUAUUAUGUAUUAGUAUAAUUAUGUAUUAGUGAAUGUAUUUUAAUAGUAUAUGUAUGUAUUAGUUUAUGGUUUAUGUACAUAUUAGUUUAUGUACAUGUAUGUAUUAGUGGAGUAAUAUAUGCAUCAGUAUAAAUGCUAUUUUGCAUUCAACAAUCAACUAUCCAUGAACAUAAUUAUUUUCUUCUCUUGUUAUCACUGUGAUGUGCUAGCUGUCUAUAUACUUAUGUCUAUAUGUGAAUAUAAUAAGACAAUCAUCUUCUGUUCAUUUUUAUAAUUUGUUUUUGUUACGUAAAAAUUCAUGAUUUCUAUAAAGUCUAUACUGAUU